AUGGUUUCUGUGCUAAAAAUAACUAGAUUAAUUACUGUAGUGCAGCUAUGUAGUAUAUUAUUUAUUUCAGUGUCAGCGAAAAGUGCUGCUUUUGACUUUAAGGAAGUGGUAAAACUAAACAAACGAGUUGGAGAGCGAAUGAUGGACAAAUGUGCCAGAAGAGUAUUUGACGGCAAUAGAGCUAAUUCAAGAGAUUUGCCCUACCAAGUUACUAUCAGAAAAGAAUUCGAUAAUGGAAGACAAUGGUGGUCCGUGUGUGGGGGUGCCAUUAUAACUGGAUUACAUGUGAUAACUGUCGCUCAUUGCUUUGCUGACGUGUUAGAGCCGCAGCGCAAUGGAAAUCUAUCUACCUACAGAGUGAUAGCAGGAACAACUCGUUCUAAUAUCCUUUUGUACGGCGACAUGGAACAGAGAAAAAGUCUUUUAAGAGAACUUGAAAAACAUUUAGAAACAUGGAUGACUAUAGCUGCUUGUCACGAACAUAUCCUGUACAGACAAGACGUUGAAGAUAUAAACAAUGUUGCUAUAUUACAGCUCACAAAAGCCUUUGUCUUUUCGGACACAAUAAAAGCUAUACGGAUGAUCACUGAUGACACAUUUUACUCUGUUAAAUUAUCGCCAGGCUCACUCUGCCUCGUUUCAGGAUAUGGAGCGUACGAAAUGUUUACAGUGUCCACAUUUCUUAAAAUGGCUUGUAUCCCUAUAGUUGAUUUUACUAAGUGCAAGAACAGUUUUUAUAAUAAAUUGAGGUCAAAUAUCACCCAAAUUUGUGCUGGUUCCACAGGCACUGUUGAACGAACAUUGAAGAAAAGCACUUGCACGGGCGAUGCUGGUGGUCCACUUGUCUGUGAAGGUUUGUUGGUUGGUGUAGUGUCCUAUCUCCAGGGAAACUGUUAUAGCACACCAGGCAUCUAUACACUAUUAUCAGGGUACACCAUCGCCCCGUAUAGCCCAUUUAAACUAGUUGAAGCGAGUGCAAGUUCUAGUUUCGCUAAAGUGAAUCAUAAUAUUGUGCUUUUGCUAACCGUACUUUAUUGUCAAUACAUAUGUGCUGAUAUCAGAUAA